AUUGUUGGCAAUGUAAACUCCACUUAAAUAAUCAUUGUUAUUAUUAACUUGAUCCAUCAAUGGUGCCACAAAAAAACACAUCAACAUGUAUACACAUGAAGCAAUUAAUUCGAAAGAUAACAAGUCAUGCCUUAGAUCAUCAUCACCAUCAACAUCAUCUAGUAAAAAUUAUGAUAUCAAAGGAUCCAACAUACUUGAAAAUAAAACAUGAGCUUUAUUGGAUCAAUCCAGGAUAAAGAUAAAUUAUUUUGACACUUUUAUGAAUACUACCUUAAACAAUAAAAUUGUACAUUGCUGAAUGCUGAUGGAAUUUCAAAGACUCAUUGUUGGUAUGGAAAUGAAAAAAAAAGGUGAAUAUCAUCAAAUUUAUUAACAAUGGCAGUACAAGCAAUAACAUUUGAAGAAGAACUUAAAAAAAAUCCUGAAUUAAAAGUUGAAGAUGUACGAAUGUUACGUGAAUGGUGUGAAAAACAGCCUCAUCUUCCAAAAAUAACUGAUUCUGAAUUAGCAUUAUUUCUUCAUAGUAAUUAUUAUCGUAUUGAACCAACAAAAACAACAAUUGAAAAUUAUUAUACCAUCAGAUCUCAUGUUCCUGAAUUUUAUAAUAAUCGUGAUCCACUUGGAUGUAAAGAACUUCGUCGUGCUUUUCAAACAGCAGCUUACAUGCCAUUAGAAGGCAAAACAGCAGAAGGAUAUUCGAUUCUUUAUGGUCGAUUAAUUGAUUUUGAUCCAUCACAUUAUGUUUACAAUGACUGCAUGAAACUUUGGAACAUGAUAACUGAUCUUUGGUUACUUGAAAAAGGCACCACAAAAGGUCAUGUAUUUGUUGUUGAUGUUAGUGGUAUUUUACUUGGUCAUGCAGGUAGAAUAAGUCCCAUGGGAAUCAAAAAAUAUUUAACAUUUUUACAAGAGGCUCUUCCAGUACGUCUAAAGGGUCUUCAUUUUACAAACUCAAUUCCAGUUAUGGAUAUUAUAUUGAAUAUGAUGAAACCUUUUAUGAAAAAAGAACUUAUGGACCUUCUCCAUGUUCAUAAAAGCAAUGAUACUCUUGCUAAAUAUUUUUCAAUUGAUCUUUUACCAAAUGAGUCUGGUGGAAAAGCUGGAUCAGUUGCUGAAUUACAUGCUAAAAAUAUAAAACAUCUUGAGGAUAAUCGUGAUUAUUUUUUGGAGGAAGAACGAGUUAAACGUGUUGAUGAAUCAUUGAGAGUUGGAAAAGGAAGAACAGCUACUGAAAUUUUUGGUGUUGAAGGCAGCUUUAAAAAACUUGAUAUUGAUUAAUAAUAUAAUUAACAAUUUAUUAAAAUUAUUUUUAUUAACAAUCAAUAAUUAUAUUUAACAAAAUGGGAAAUUAUAUUUAUUAUUAUCUUGGAUUUAAUCAUCAGGUAAAUAAAUUACAUAAUAAUAUUGUCUAUUUCAGUAUUUUUUAUUUAUUUAUUUACUGUUCAAGUAAUUUUGUUUUCGAAAAUAUUUAAUUACUAUUCAUGACACAAAAAAAAAUUAUACAAUCGUUAAAAAAAUAACUUCCGCGAUGAGAUAAUUAUUCUAAUGAAUGGUUUUUAUUUUUUUGUAUUUAAUAAAUUCAUAAAUUUAUGUGCGUUUUGGAAUAAAAAAUAUUUUAAUAAUAUAUUGAAUUGAUGUGUUCGGAUAAUUACUUUGAAUUAUUUGUAUUAAUUAUUAUUACUAGGAUGUGCCCUUUGUAAAUUGAAGUUUCGUAAUUUAAAAAUAAUACCUUCUCUGAUUUAUGAUUCCUUGAUAUAAGUCGCUCUUGUUAUUUAAAUAGUAAACUUAUUUUAAUGUUAAGUUAGUAUUCGAAAAAUUCAAUAAUACGAUAAAUAAAAUUUGGUGGACAGUU